AAGCCAAUUCCUUAGUUUGGAAAUGUGGACAGGUAGUAAGAGCAUGUGAAUGAUCGAGAAAGGGAGAGAUGUGGUCUCAUCAGAGAGGAUGUUUGCAACAUAGCAGAUUGCAGUUGGACCACUGAACUGGUACACAGUAGUGUGAACAAGCUAACUGUGAUAUUUCAGAGAGAGGGGGAAGAGAGAGAGAGUUACUGACACAGGAACAAAGAGCAGAGGGAGAAAGAGAGAGAGGCAAAGAGAAACGUUAGACAGUGGACUUUCUGUUCCUUUCACUAACAGCUGAGAUGGAGGAGUAUAAUGUGACAGUUGCUACAGGCACAUCAGAGUAUUCAGGGACCAAUAACUACAUAUACAUUACUCUGGUGGGAGAGAAAGGAGACAGCGAGAAAACAACACUGGAUAACCCUGGACUGGACUUCUGUAGAGGAGCGGUGGAUGAAUACAAGGUGUGUAGCCCGGCUCCUCUGGGUCGUGUCCUUUUGGUGCGUCUGGAGAAACAGAGGUACUGGGUAGAGGAUAACUGGUUCUGUCUCUAUGUCACCGUGGCGCCACCAGGUGGUGGUACAGCCCUCACCUUCCCCUGUUACCGCUGGCUCAUAGGAAAUGUCAAGGUGGAGCUACGAGAAGGCACAGCAAUGAGACUCAGUGACGACACCUCUACUCAGCUUUUGGCUCACAGAAAAGCAGAACUGCAGGAGAGACAGGCGGUAUACAGAUGGGUUGCAUGGGCUCCUGGGAUUCCCAAGUGUAUUGAUGCGAAGACCGAGGCAGACCUUCAUCAGGAUGUUCGCUUCGACAAUGAGAAGAGGAGUGACUUUGAGGGCUCCUUACAGUACGCUCUUCUAGAGCUGUCUUUAAAGAAGCUAGCCAUCAUGUUCGGGAAGUCAUGGGACAAUCUGGAUGACUUCAAACGAUGCUUCUGGAAACUCAGGAGCCCCAUAUCUGAGUACUGUAUGGAGCACUGGAAGGAAGACUCAUUCUUCGGAUACCAGUGUCUGAACGGUUCAAACCCCAGAAUGAUCCAGUGCUGCAAGAAGCUUCCGGGAAACUUCCCCGUCUCUGGAGACAUGGUGCAGGGGUCGCUGGCCCCAAGAACCACCCUAGAGAAGGAACUCAAGGCGGGUAACAUCUACUUGGUAGACUAUGCCAUCAUGGAUGGUGUUCCUACCAACGUAAUCAGAGGGAAACCACAGUACAUCGCUGCUCCUCUCUGUCUGCUGUAUGAACACCCAGACCAGGGACUCAUACCCAUCGCCAUACAACUAGGGCAGACUCCUGGCUUGGACACGCCCAUCUUCCUGCCUAAAAACCCGCCCCUGGCCUGGCUAUUGGCCAAGAUCUGGGUCCGUCACUCAGAGUUCCAGGUGUUCCAGCUCCUGUCCCACCUGUUGAGAACUCACCUGGUGGUGGAGGUGUUCUGUGUGUCAACACUACGACAGCUCCCUGCUGUCCAUCCAGUAUAUAAGCUCCUGGCUCCUCACCUGCGCUAUACUCUGGAGAUUAACUGCAGGGGGCGCACUCAGCUCCUCUCAGCCGACGGCAUCUUCAAAAGGGUGGUGUCUACAGGAGGGGAGGGGCUUCUGAUCCUAGCCCAGAAUGAGUACAAAGUCCUGACCUACCGCUCUCUGCAGCCCUACCAGGACUUCCAGCAGCGCGGAGCCUCCAAGCUCAGAAACUACUUCUACAGGGAAUACAGCCUGAUGCUGUGGGACGCCAUACACAGUUUUGUCUCAGGGAUGGUGUCACUGUACUACCAUUAUGACAGUGAUGUAGUGGAGGACACUGAGCUGCAGGCCUGGAUAAAGGACAUCGCUGAGGAGGGCUUCGUUGAUGUGCCCAGAUUUGGUCUGGCCAGGGAACUACACAACAAGACAGAACUGAUCACACUGCUGAGUGUAGCUAUCUUCACAAGCUCAGUACAGCAUGCAGCCACCAACAAUGGACAGUUUGACUGGUGUGCGUGGGUACCCAACACCCCGUGCACAAUGCGCCACCCUCCCCCGACGGACAAGGACGCUGUUACCAUGGAGAUGAUCAUGGACACCCUCCCAGACGUCAGCCAAACAUGUUUGGAGAUGGCGAUCACAUGGCACUUGGGUCGGCCACAACCGGACGCAAUCCCAUUGGGUCAGUACCGGGAGCAGUACUUCACAGAGUCCCAGGCCCAGGAGGUGAUUGACAAGUUCAAACAGGAACUGAAGGAGAUAGAGGAACACAUCCUGACCCAGAACGAGGGACUAGAGCUGCCCUAUCUUUUCCUCCUGCCCAGCCGCAUCGAGAACAGCAUCACUAUAUAAUAUACUGAACAAAAAUAUAAACGCAACAUGCAACAAUUUAAAAGAUUUUACUGUGUUAGUUCAUAUAAGGAAAUCAGUCAAUUGAAAUAAAUGAA